CUCAAUCCUGAUUCUCCACACUUUAGUUGCGUAUCGCGCUGCAGAUCCGGCUGGAUGUGUGUGUCGCACUGGAUUCCAGAGAAACACACACUCCUGCAGCCAUUGAAAAAAACCUGAGUGUGUGUGUGCGUGUGUGAGUGUGUGCGUGCGUGUGUAUGACGGCGUGUGUGUGUGUGUGUGUGUUGCUUUAGUCAUGAAGUAUACACCUGAGCCAUGUAGUUAACCGGGUUCCUGGGCGUGGGAAGGACGCAGGACUUGUUUGUCGUUGGAAUAUUGUUGGACUUUACGCAGCGUAAAAAACACACGUUUCUUUUUGUAUGCGCCGGUUCGGUCACAGCAGGAUGUAAAUUUGGGAACUUUUCUCUGAAGGACCGCUGACACAGAGGACGGGUUUUUAUUUUGUAACUUUUCCAGCCUUUUUUUUUUGCUGUUGGGAGGAAUACAGGCAGAUCACACGGCUGCUCACUGAAGGAAAUCACAUCCAAAGGGAGGACAGUGAGGGGGUUCAUGUCAUCAGAGAUCAACAGGCCUGAACACUGAACAGGAUAGCGAGGUGGUUCAUGUCAUCAGAGAUCCACAGGCCUGAACGCUGAACAGACGUGAUGGAGCGGUGGUGGGCGUGGCAGUUUGCCCUGGUUGCCCUGGCGACAGUCCUCCCCUCCCACAGUAAAAACAUGGACUCCUUCUCCUCGGAGACGCUCAUCAACAACGUGGUGACGGACGCUCGAUCGGGCCGGCUGUACGUCGGCGCCGUGAACCACCUGUACCAGCUGACCCCCGACCUGCAGAUUGAGUCCCGCACCGAGACCGGACCGAGGCGGGACAACCGGCAGUGCACGCCGCCCGUCACGGACACCUGCGAGGAGGCGACGGACACGGACAACCACAACAAGCUGCUGCUGGUGCAGGAGGCGCGGGACCGUCUGGUGGUGUGCGGCAGCGUGUACCGGGGGAUCUGCUCCCUGAGGAACCUGAGCGACGUGGAUCAGGUGAUCUACUUCAGCGACUCCAAGGGCGAGAAGUCGUACGUGGCGAGCGCCGAGGAGAGCGUCUCCGUGGUGGGAGUGAUGUCACACUUCACCAAGGACCGGGACAACUUCACCGUCUUCCUGGUGGGUAAGGGCUACGGCAGCCAUGACAGCACAAAGCUGAUCUCCACGCGGAUCCUGCAGGACUCCGGGGACUGGGUGAUGUUCGACAGCAUCAUCGAGGCGUCGGCGGUGCAGGCGAACCCCUUCGUGCUGCGCUACCUGCACGACUUCCGCUUCGCCUUCAAGGACAGCGGCUUCGUCUACUUCCUGUUCUCCAGAACGCUCGGCGUCCAGGACACCAAGAACUUCACCUUCAUUUCCCGGAUGUGCGAGGACGACCAGGGGUACUACUCGUACACGGAGCUGCAGCUCAACUGCAGCGCCAGCAACAAGUACAACAAGGCGCAGGCUGCGUAUGUCACAGCUCCCGGAGAAGUGCUGGCUCAGACCAUGAUGGAGUCCGGACAAUAUGGAGUCGUUUCAGCCUCCGAUAAAGUCCUGUUCGUCACCUUCACCUCCGAUGAAGACCCCUUCGGCUCGGCCAUGUGCAUGUACCCGCUGAGCUCCAUCAACAAGCGGCUGGUCGAGAUAAUCGGAGCGUGCUACAGCCACAAAGGCAUCAUCAACGAGAAGCCUGCCGUCUACUCCCCGUACUCGUCCAAAUCUGAGGAGCUGUGCAGCAGCAACAACCAGAAUAACAGGGCGCUCGCAUAUAAAUGUGGAGCUGAGUUCCUGCCCUCCCCGUUGGCCAGUAAGGCCGAGUUCGCCCUGACGUCUAAGCCCUCAUUGACUCGGAAAGGUCACAUGACCGCCGUGGCUGUGGCCGUGGAGAUGGGGCACACUGUGGCGUUCCUCGGCACAUCCACUGGAGAGGUGCUGAAGGUGCAUCUGUCGGCUCAUCCCGAGGUGUACGGCCGGGCGCCGGGCGACGUCACCGGGGACAAAGUCAACAAAAACCUGCUGUUCGAUACGGGGCUGCAACACCUCUACAUCACCACGGAGAAAAAGAUCACCAAGGUGCCGGUGCAGUCCUGCCACCUGAAGACAGACUGUCUGUCCUGCGUCUCCAUGAAGGACCCGUACUGCGGCUGGUGUGUCCUGGAGGGGAAGUGCACCAUGAAGAAGGAGUGCAGCAGGUGGAAGGAGGACAACACCUGGCUGUGGUCUCCAGAUCAGAAGUGUGUUAAGAUCCAAGCCUUCGAUCCCCCCAACCUCAGCUGCAGGAAGACGCAGCAGGUGGAUAUCCACAUCCCUGCGCUCCCGACCCUGCGGAUCUCUGACCGGCUGCAGUGUGUGUUCGGCAGCUUCAGCAGCAAUGGGGUGGUGAUCCUGGAGGACGGUCAGCUGCAGGUCACAUGUUCACUGCCCGACCCCGUGGACAUCCCGGCCACCCCCCCUCAGCAGGACUAUGUGUCCGUCCCGGUCCGAGUGAUGGUGAACAUCAACACCGAAGUGACGUCUGGAGAGUAUCACUUCUACAACUGUGCUGCGACCGUCAGGAAGAACCAGAACACACCGUGUAUAGCGUGUGUAACCAGUGAGUGGGGCUGCCAGUGGAACGCUCAGGAUCACAGCUGCAGCGACGACAGCGACACUGAAGAAGGAGGGCACAUCAUCAAACCACAACAGGCUGGCAGCUGUCCUCAGUUUGAGUCUCCGGAGCCGCUCCUGAUCCCGGUCGGAUACCCGAUCCCGAUCAGCUUCCAGGGCAGAAACCUGGACAUUUACAUGGGUCAGAGGUUUUCCAUCGGCACGGAUCUGAUGAAGGACACGGAGCUGACAGUCAAACAGGAGCAGGGGUCAAAGUUCAAAUUCAACGGAUAUGAGUUCUCCUAUGAUAAGCAGCAGGAGGUGAACGUCUCCUUCCACAUUAUAGACAGAGAAACGGAGAGGAAGAUUGACAGCACGCUGACAGUCUCCCUGUAUAACUGCUCGGUGGACAGGGAGGACUGCAGUCUGUGUAAACACGCUGCUGCUCAGUACGAGUGUGUUUGGUGUUCGUCGUCUCAUUCCUGUGUUUACCGGGAGUUGUGUCCGUCCCAUCAGCCGGCGCAGUGUCCGCCCCCCGAGAUCACCGACAUCAUCCCUCGGUUUGGCCCUCUGAACGGACGCAUCACAGUGACCAUCAAAGGCUCCAACAUGGGGAUCCAGAGCGACGACGUGAGGAAGAUCUCGGUGGCCGGAGUGGAGUGUUUGCAACAGAAGGACAGAUACUCCGUCUCCACCAGUGUGGUGUGUGAGAUCGGCCCUGCAAGGCAAGCCCCCCCCUCCGACCUCCCGGUUGAACGCUCCCUAAGCGGGCCGGUCGAAAUGGACGUGGAGGGGGAGAGGAAGGGGACGUCUCAGGUCUUAUUCACAUACCGGGACCCCAAUCCCCAAGCUGUGCACCCAGUGAAGGGUCCAGCAGCAGGAGGGACAGUGAUCACCAUCAUGGGGGAGGACCUGGACACCGCCACUAUAGACGACGUCUCCGUCUCCAUUGGGGGGGUUCCCUGUGAAGUGCUGACGUUCGGCUCUCAGAUCUCGUGUAAGACGGGGAAAUAUCGGGGGCCCUCAGACAUGUUGCCGGUGACGGUGAGAUACGGGACAAACACGACGAAGGAAAUCCAAACCGCGUACCAGUACUCUGAAAACCCCAAGGUCACAGAUUUUAACCCCAAGAGCAGCUUCUUCUGCGGUGGUCGGAGGAUUGUGGUGGUGGGAAGUGGUUUUGAUCUGAUCCAGAGAGCCACCAUGGAAGUCCUGCACGCCACCGAUGAGUUCUCACAGAACCCCGCACCUGUACAGUUCGUGCAGGAGUAUCUGAGUAAGAACGACACGGUGCUGCAGUUUCUGUCUCCGGCGGUGAACUGCUGCGUGGACAGCACGUUGCUGCGCUCCGUCCUCUGGAUGGACGACGAGAAGGAGGAGCUGAAAGGCUUCGACUACCAUCCGGAUCCCAGCUUCACCCCGCUGCUGAAGAACAUCAUCACCGAGACCAGCAUCAUCAUCGUCAACGGGCGAGGUUUCUCUAAAGCCAUGACGGCCAAAGAGGCGCAGGCGUUCGUUGGAGACGCCUCCUGUCUCGUCAACAUCCUGCAGGAUGAUAGGCUGAUCCUGGAGGCUCCGUCCUCUCAGCCCAGGUCCAGAUCCAAACGCCAGCGCAGAGACACCACCAACGACCUGCUGGAGCUCGUGGUGAAGUUCGGUCACGGUGAGUGGAUGGUGGGGUCGGUUUACUACGCCCGGAAAGACGACAUCCCUCUGGCCAUCAUCAUCCCCGCUGUGAUCAUCCCGAUGCUCCUCUUCAUCGCCAUCUCCGUCUACUGCUACAGGAGGAAGAGCCAGCAGGCGGAGCGGGAAUACGAGAAGGUGAAACACCAGCUGGAGAAUCUGGAGGAGAGCGUCCGGGAUCGCUGCAAGAAGGAGUUCACCGACCUGAUGAUAGAGAUGGAGGACCACACCAGCGACCUGAGCGAGGCGCGGAUCCCCUUCCUGGAUUAUAAAACGUACACCGACAGGAACUUCUUCCUGCCCACGAAGGACGGCGCCGACGACACCAUGAUCACCGGGAAAAUACAAAUCCCAGAAGCCCGCAAGGCCAUCGUGGCUCAGGCUCUGAACCAGUUCUCCAACCUGCUCAACAGCAAACCCUUCCUCAUCAACUUUAUCCGCACGUUGGAGAGCCGUCCGGACUUUAACGCUCGCGCUCGCGGUUACUUCGCCUCGCUGCUGACGGUGGCGCUGCACGGGAAGCUGGAGUACUACACCGACAUCAUGAGGACGCUGCUGCUGGAGCUGAUGGACGAACACGUGCAGAGCAAGAACCCCAAACUCAUGCUGCGCAGGUCAGAGACGGUGGUGGAGAGGAUGCUCUGUAAUUGGAUGUCCAUCUGUAUCUAUCAGUUCCUCAGGGACACAGCAGGGGAGCCUCUCUAUAAGCUGUUCAAGGCGUUGAAGCAUCAGGUGGAGAAGGGGCCGGUCGACGCCAAGAUGAAGAAAGCCAAAUACACUCUGAACGACACGGGGCUGCUGGGAGACGAUGUGGAGUACUCAGUACUGACUCUGCAGGUGUUGGUGCACGGGGAGGGGCCCGAUGUGACUCCAGUGAAGGUGUUGAACUGCGACUCCAUCACACAGGUGAAGGAGAAGAUCAUCGACCAGGUGUACAGGAACCUGCCGUACUCUCAGAGACCAGAGGUGGAGAGUGUUGCUCUGGAGUGGCGUCCGGGCUCCACGGGUCAGAUCCUGUCCGACCUCGACCUGACCUCUCAGAAGGAGGGCCGCUGGAAGAGACUCAACACACUCGCUCAUUACAACGUCCGAGAUAACGCCACGCUGGUUCUGUCCAGAGUUCUACACACACAGUCCUUCCACCAGCACCAAGACAACUACGAAGAGAAGAACGCACUGCUGGAGGAUGACCACACCUACCACCUGGUGCGUCCGGCCGAUGAGAUGGACGAGGGGAAGUCGAAGAGAGGAAGCAUGAAGGACAAGGCCAUGACGAAGGCCAUCACCGAGAUCUACCUCACCAGACUGCUGUCCGUCAAGGGCACUCUGCAGCAGUUUGUGGACAACUUCUUCCGCAGCGUGUUGUGUUCGAGUACCGUGGUUCCUCCGGCCGUCAAAUACUUCUUCGACUUCCUGGACGAGCAGGCGCUGCGACACGACAACGUAGACGAGGAGACGCUGCACAUCUGGAAGACCAACAGUUUGCCUCUGCGGUUCUGGGUGAACAUCCUGAGGAACCCUCACUUCAUCGUGGACGUCCACGUGACGGAGGUGGUGGACGCUUCGCUGCACGUCAUCGCUCAGACCUUCAUGGACGCCUGCACCAAGACGGAGCACAAACUCAGCAGAGAGUCUCCCAGCAACAAGCUGCUCUAUGCAAAAGAGAUUUCCACGUACAAGAAGAUGGUGGACGAUUACUACAAGGGCAUCAGGCAGAUGGUCCCCGUCAGUGAUCAGGACAUGAACACACACCUUGCUGAGGUGUCCAGGCAACACACACACAAGCUGAACACCGAGUUGGCCUUACAUCAGCUGUACCAGUACGCCAGCAAGUACUACGAUGUGAUCAUCCAGUCGCUGGACGAGGACCCGGCUGCCCAGAAUAAGCAGCUGACGCUCCGCCUCCAACAGAUCGCCGCUGCCCUGGAGAACAAAGUCACCGACCUUUGACUACGCCCUCAGUGAGGGGCUGGGGGGCUGGAGCUUACGGAUACUAAAACACAGGAUGUUGUUUCCCAUGUAUGGACCUAAAGGAGGACGAGCUCACAGACUCUAAGGAAUGUUUGACCAUAUAAGGACUGAAGUGGGAGGGGCUAGUGCAGCCACAGGAAGCUGUUGACCACAUAAGGACUGAAGGAGGGAGAGGUUACGAAGAGUUUUGGACAAGUUAAGAGUGGUGGGAACAAAAGCGACGUACUUUCACCGCCAGAAAGAAAGCACCAAGAAGGCGAUUUAAAAAUGGGUGUGUGUGAUAUCAAAGGGUUACUUUUUUAAUUUGGGGUGUGUGAUCCUCGGUCCUUAUUGCUUCUCUGCACCGCACAUUGUAUUUUAUCAUUCGAGGAGUAAAGACGAAAGGAGUGCCACUUUUUUGGACGAAGAAUUUACAUGAAGACAUUACCAAAUAUUCCUUUUUGUGACGCAGCCCUUUUUCUGGAAGAACCUCCACUUUUUUGUUGCCGUUUGACAGCGUCUCGACUCUGGAUGUGAGGUGGAUUUACCUCUGGAUCUAAGGGUCCGUUUAUUUGUUCCCACACUGAGAAGUCUGAUCUUCUGUCAGUGAAAGAGAAUCGUUUCAUCCUAACUCAUCAAUUAUUUAAUCGACCAAUGAAAACCCACUAACGGUACACACCACUGGCCAAUCAGGGCUCUUGGUUGAGGAGAGUGAAUUCAGGGUACGAUGUCCAAAAAACCACAACGGUUUAACUUUUUGUUAUCACAGCCAAAUGUUGUUUUUCAGAUCAGAUGUUGUGUUUCUACGCCGAUGACACCACGCAGAUUAUUGAAAUCACCGCUAAGUAAUUUUUAGUUGAGUAUUAUUGUCUGUAUGCAGAGGCUUUGCUUUUCCAUAUAUGAGAAUACUCUUUUCAGUGGACUGAGACGAUGCCACUUCAUUGCUUUAUUUUGUGAAGUGUUUAUCAGGGUGGUCCAUAUCCUGUGUGUGUGUGUGUGUGUGUGUUUCUUGCUUGUUUUUACUUCCCGUUCAAAAUCAUGUCGGCCUAAUAAUGUUUAAAAAUCGCUUUUAUCAUUUAAUGUGAUUUGUUUUAUAAUCCUUUUAGUUUCACUUCUGACUGCCCUUCAUAUAUAAUGCUGCUUUUCAUUUCUGCGCACAUGAGAGGAAAUUACGAAAGUGUCUUCUGAAGACAGGGUAUCCAUGCAUCCUUCAAAAAGGCGUCAAAUAAAUCUAAAUGUGAGGUGUCAAAUGUAUUAAAUCCAGUUAUUUUAUGGCCUAUUCGACUACCAUGCUUUGCAAGUGUUCUUCAAACUGCAAUAUGACCUAAAGAAAUGUUAUCAGUAUUUUACUUGACUUUACCAGGGUGUCGAGCUAAGGUACGUCCAUUUAAAACUCACGUUCAAACACAAGUUGGAAGAUUUAAAAUGCCUUAAAAAGAUGUAACGAUAAUAUAAAGUGACAGUAUAUUUACAUUAUUUACUGUGUCCUAAUUAAAUAAAGGAAUCUGUUAGAAAAACAAAAAUGAAGCUUUUAUUCCAAAUAUUGAUUUAUUUUUCUUAACUUUGACAUCAAAUACAAACACACUUAUUAAGCCCCGCCCACUUUCAGGUGAACAUCCUGCAUCAGAGAGGAUUGGGAAAUAACAGUGUCUUCACGUCUUAAAGCUGCUGAGUCCUACAUCGCACCUCAACAACAAAUAGAUCCAGAGCUCCGGUUCCUUUACUUCCUCUCCAGAAAAAAGGAGAUUAAAGAAAGGAUCAGAAAUCUCAGUCUCAGUGUCAGCCUGCUGCCUGCCACUCGUCCCCCGGCAGACCCACCGGACAUCCAUCCCCUAUUUAUUCUCCGUAAGCUGUCUCUGCCGUCUGACCAGACAUCUGACCCCACCUCCAUAUCUCUGGACUCAUUACACCCUUUCUGACCAACAGAGAUAUUGUUUCCUGGCAGCACUUCAACAUUUCACGGGGGAAAUCUGCAUUUUGGUUUGAGGGGGGGCGCCCACAGUGAGAGGGAGCAGAGACCCUGGUACUGGUUUAGACAAAACCCUGAAUGGCAUUAAACAUAAAGGAAAUACAUGUUAGUUUGUGUAGGUGUUUCUUCGUUUGAUUUGAUUUAAUUAAGGCAAUUUAAAUCUUCCACCAAAAACACAAUGAAAGAACAUUAUUGCAAAUUAUUUUCUCACAAUCUGCAUAAAACGUGCCUCGUCCUAAAAUGUGUCAUCAUGAGGUUUGUUAAAUAACGAAAAGGCUGGUUUAAUCUCCUAAACUGCACAUUAAUCCUCCUUACCUUAAAAUCAUAAUAUAUGUGCAUUAUUCUUUGCCUUCUGAGCCCAGACGACCUGCUUUAUGUAGCGAGUUAAUGUAAAAUACUUGCAGUUUGUAAGCUGGAGAAAAGACGUUCUGCUUUUUUUGGUGGAUUUAUUGAAUAUUUACAAACUGCAUCUUUAAAAUAUGAAGCAAUAGAACCUUUCGUUUAACUUCUCUUCACAUAUUUCCAGGGGUUUCUCUCUCCGAAAUGUGUUUAUGGAAGCCGCAUUUGUGCCAAAAAUCUUCUAUCUGUGUAAAAUAUCCUGAAAUAAGUUGAACAAACAGCUGUGUAUUGAAAAGUCUGAUGGUCCUUUCAUAUAUAAGAUAACCGCUGAAAUGGGAAGGGUCUUCUUUUGGAGGUUGCUGUCAUUUCUGGGAAUAUUUCACCAGCUUUUCAUAGCUAAGUGCCACGUUUGCAUCAAAUCUCUUCUAAUUCUUCAAAUGUAGUUUAUUAAAGAGGCCCUAUUCCUCUGUAGUGUGUUCUAGAGGUUUCAGUGCAUGUAAAUGGUCUGCAAAGGCUAAAAUCCCAAAGUUCCGGAUCAUAGUGACAGCACUUUGUAACGCUUCUAUUGGCUAGUGCUCCAACACAGUGUAGGCUAAGGGGCGGGACAUCCUUAAACUGUUGACCGAUCACAACCGAGCCGGCCAGCUAACCAAUCCGAGCAGACUGGGCUCUGGUUUCAGACAGAGGGUGAAAAGAGGAGCUGCAGCACAGGCAGUCUGAGAAACAUAAAGAGCUUUCUGAACAUUGAAGCAUGGAGACAUGUCCCAGGAGAGACACUAAAUGGAAGUAUGACCCUGAUGAGUGGCAGAAUAUGAUAUCUCUACAGCUUCUUUCUGCCUUCUUUUUGCCACCAGUGAGUGCCUUAAAGAGUAACACUGAAAGAAGAUUUGGAAGUAAAAGCCAAAAAAAAAAAAGGUCACGUACAUGUUUGUCUUUCUUUCUCAAUUCAUGCAAAAGAAAGUAAAAAAAUCAAGCCGUUCACUCGCUCCUAAAGCCCAGACUAUACACACCAAUCUUCUAUUUUUGGGAGAAAUUAUGACAUUUUACAGCAGAAUGUCAACUUUUUGAAUCCUUUAAUUUAAAAACCACUUGAAAUAUUGGCAUCUGCACAGUGCUUUGUGAACCAUGGACGGCUUAGUGUAAAACCUUUGAACCAUACUUCUAUAUUCCCCGUGCUCCAGACAUUUUUGAGUAUGGUUUGGAUGUUUAAUUGAGGGGUUUUUCGGGUCACAGGGGUACAGGAAAAUGUCGAUGUGUGAUGACUUUUGGGGACUCGGAUCAAAUAGAGUUAUAUGUCAACUAUUUGGAGGAUCUGUGUGUGUGAACGUUUGAUAAAUGUGGUUUUAAGAGGCACAAAGUUUGAGUUCUGAGAGGUUUUGAAUGUUAACCGGCCCACUGGUACUGAUGUUUAUACCAUUGUUAAAGAGUUUGUACGUCGACUCUCCUAAUGUUCAUUCUUGUUACGUCGUAGUAGGAAGUGAAUGGUUUUCGGAUGGACUGGACCAAGUUUAGUUUUAGGCAGAAACAGGUCUUUACUUUAGGUCUGGAGCCCAAAUCUAUGACUCUUCUGAGGGAGGGGAGACGUGGGAGAAAAAUCCAGAUCCAGAAUAUCCAAUAAAAGAUGUUUAUACAAAUGGAAAA